AUGAAAUUAGCGACAAAGGUUUCCAUCAGUAUGGUGCUUGGGCUUGGUGCUCUUGCUUCGGUUGCUACAACUAUCCGAAUGCCGUUUGUCCUGUUUUACUUCCACCCUAAUCCGGACUAUCUUUAUCGGCAUUGCCACGUCGCUCUGUGGAGUACCAUCGAAGCAGGAAUCGGUAUCAUAGCUGGUUCUCUCCCUUCUUUGAGGAAGUUUGUCAAACGCUGGAUUACAUUUGACAGCUCAGCUCGCCAAUAUUCGCCCCCGAAGCUAUACGGAGGUGGAUCACGUGGGUUGGGGAUCACCAGUCAUAUCGCUACCGCAAACCGUGUGAAAGGAUACAACAUAUCACGAGACGUGGGGAAUGACGGCAAGGAUCACUGGGAUGGCCUUGAUGAUGGCUCAUCUAGGAAAGGAAUUAUGGUUACUGUGGACGUGGAGAUGCACACAUUGCAGAACAAUGCGGAAUCGAUAGGAUCGGCCCGAUCUCGUGUCUCGGAUGAGACAUAUGCGAGACCAGCUUAG